AUGGAUGGUGCAGGGGCUGCUCGCCACAGAGCGAAGUGGAAGUCAUGGCGUUGUCGGAUGAGACUGACCCCGACCAUGGCGGCAUGCGGAGGAGGAGCUCGGGGCGCUGCAACGCUGCUGGAGCAGAGGGAUACCAAUGCCGUCCACAACCAGUGUGGAGGAGUUCGAGGAGGUACCCAUGAUGAAUCUGCAGGGCCACGCCCGGACAUGCCGGCAAGCACGCAGCAAGCAGAAUCCGACGCGGUGGGCAGGGAGAGGAAAGUGGCGACCUGGGAGAUGAGGGCUAGCUUGGGGAAGGAGCAGAGACCUGCGGCCACCAUGGCAGGUGCUACCGGGGUCUCAGUGUUGAUGGAGGCAAGGGCGCGGCGCUGGGAACGAGGGCUUGCCGCACGUCCCUAG